AUGCGGACAGACAUAUCCAUUUUAUUCUUUACCCUUUCAUUGGGACUGUGUCAUGAAUUUCAGCCAGUUUUUAGCAAGAUUAGUGUGAGGAAAAGUGAUCAGGAAAUACAACAUACAACAGAGGAUCCAGAUGCUUAUAGCAGUUAUGAUCCUUUUGAUCUCGAUGAUGCCUCUUUCUUUGCGGACCUCACCAAUUCCUCAAAACGUAUCAAGCUACAAUUUGAAACGGCCAAAUUCAUUCAGCAGUUUGGCGCUCAAGAACUUUUGAACAUUAUUCUGCAGAAAGUUCAGAAUGUGAACUUACCACAAGGUUCGAAAGGAGCAAUCAAUGAUUUUUUGGAUUUUGUGGAAGAUCUGGUCUAUACCAACGCUGCUGAGCGAAUCGAGAAGAAACUUCAAACAGAUUUAGAAAUGACGAAUUCACAGAAGAAGCAUAAGGUUCAUAUGGGAGAGGCAACUAGUGCAGUUUCCAAGCAGAAAGUAGAGUAUGGAGAUGAGAAAGAUCAUAGGAGAAGAGAUGCUCCAGCACUUUCUCAGAAUGCCGUUUUGAUUGAAGAAGAUGAGAAUUAUCCAGCUGUUCGACAACCAUUGGAACCUACCAAAAUGAUGUUUUUGUCUCAUAAUGAGCAAAAUUUUCUUCGAGAUGAAUUGAUGGUUGGGAGAGAGAUCAGAAGAGCACCGAUCAAGAUUAAAAGGAAGACAAGACUCACAAAAGCUCAAUUGGAGAAAGCGAUCAAAAGUGCGGAAAGGGAAGCCAGAGAAGCGGAAAUGGAGAAAAUUCUGAAAAGGCGAAAAACUCAACUGAAAGAACGAAGACUAAGAAGAAAGCAAAGAGAAAUGGCAAUGAUGAAAAGAAGAGCUUCGAAGAAACUGCCGCUGUCAAGAAUCCAAGAUGAUCCGAGAGUGGUGAGAAGAAGUCCAAUUGGAAAAGUUACAUUUAACGAGAAGAUGUUCCAACUUCUCGAGGAAUACGGUAUCAGGUCAUUCCGCGUCGAGACUGCCGACUACACCGUCCGUGCAUUCGCUGACCCAGAAAAGACGCGCUUCUCAUCCAUAAAUCUUCUGGACGUCCCAAUGUAUAACGAUGCGAUUCGUCGGAAACCAGCCAGACCUCCAUUUGUAUACAGUCGUAGAAUCGCGGCUCCAAAACGAAUUGUACACCAGCCUUCUUCAAUUGUACACCAACCGUCUUCAUUGAACAAGAGACUUUUGGCGAAGAGGAGGAAGAGUAUCAGCUUGGAUAGACUUCUUUAA